CGGACGCCAUCUUGGCUCUACGCUGCGCAAACAGCAGAAUGGGAAAAAAUCGCUUGAGCCACAAUGGAGAUGUUUUCUUCCCGUGACAGUCCGGUGCCUGGCAGGUGAUUAGCACAGUGAAGCUCCUCCUCAGCCUGCUACGUAAGACAAACCUGGAGAACUGCAUAUCAAGACAAGGUAUUUUUGAAGCACAAAAACUAUCGAAAUGGACACAUCGAAACUUCCCAAGAUCCGGGAUGAGGAGCGCGAGGGCCAGUUUGGAUAUGUACAUGGUGUUUCUGGACCAGUGGUGACAGCGACUGCGAUGGCAGGAGCGGCCAUGUACGAGCUGGUUCGUGUGGGUCACAGUGAGCUGGUGGGAGAAAUCAUCCGUUUAGAGGGAGACAUGGCAACUAUCCAAGUAUACGAGGAGACGUCUGGUGUUUCCGUUGGGGACCCUGUACUUCGAACUGGGAAACCCCUCUCUGUAGAGCUGGGACCGGGAAUCAUGGGCUCCAUCUUUGAUGGUAUCCAGCGUCCACUGAAAGACAUCAAUGACCUUACUCAAAGUAUCUACAUCCCCAGAGGAGUAAACAUCGGUGCUCUAAACAGAGACGCCAAGUGGGAGUUUUCUCCCAGCCAGAGUCUGCGGGUUGGGAGCCAUGUAACAGGUGGUGACAUCUACGGCAUGGUGUUUGAAAACUCCUUAAUUAAGCACAAACUGAUGCUUCCACCUCGUAACAGAGGCACUGUCACCUACCUCGCCCCACCGGGAAACUAUGAUAUCUCUGAUGUGGUUCUGGAGCUAGAGUUUGAAGGUGUGAAGGAGAAGUUCACCAUGGUGCAGGUGUGGCCUGUACGACAAGUCCGCCCUGUCACAGAGAAGCUACCGGCAAAUCACCCGCUGCUGACUGGACAGAGAGUUUUGGAUGCACUUUUCCCAUGUGUGCAGGGCGGUACCACUGCUAUUCCAGGUGCCUUUGGAUGUGGAAAGACCGUGAUCUCGCAGUCUCUGUCCAAGUACUCCAACAGUGAUGUCAUCAUUUAUGUGGGCUGUGGAGAGCGUGGAAACGAGAUGUCUGAGGUGCUGAGGGAUUUCCCUGAGCUUACUAUGGAGGUGGAUGGAAAGGUGGAGAGCAUCAUGAAGAGGACAGCACUGGUUGCUAAUACAUCCAACAUGCCUGUGGCUGCCAGAGAGGCCUCAAUUUAUACAGGCAUAACACUGUCCGAGUACUUCAGAGAUAUGGGCUAUAAUGUGAGCAUGAUGGCCGACUCGACCUCUCGAUGGGCUGAGGCUCUGCGAGAAAUCUCUGGAAGAUUAGCUGAGAUGCCUGCUGACAGUGGAUAUCCUGCUUACCUGGGAGCCAGGCUAGCCUCUUUCUAUGAGCGUGCUGGGCGUGUGAAGUGCCUGGGAAAUCCAGAGAGGGAGGGCAGUGUCAGCAUUGUAGGAGCUGUGUCGCCCCCUGGUGGAGAUUUCUCAGAUCCUGUCACAUCGGCCACUUUGGGAAUAGUCCAGGUGUUCUGGGGGUUGGACAAGAAACUGGCUCAGAGGAAGCACUUCCCUUCUGUAAACUGGCUCAUUAGUUACAGUAAAUACACUCGAGCCCUGGAUGAGUAUUAUGACAAGCAUUUCCCUGAGUUUGUCCCUCUUCGUACCAAAGCCAAGGAGAUUCUGCAGGAGGAGGAGGACCUGGCUGAAAUCGUGCAGCUUGUGGGCAAGGCUUCUCUUGCUGAGACUGAUAAGAUCACCCUAGAAGUUGCUAAGCUCAUUAAAGAUGACUUCCUGCAGCAGAACGGUUACACACCCUACGACAGGUUCUGCCCUUUUUACAAAACUGUCGGCAUCCUCUCAAACAUGAUCGCCUUUUAUGACAUGGCCCGGCACGCAGUGGAGUCUACAGCACAGAGUGACAACAAAAUCACCUGGGCCAUGAUCAGGGAGCACAUGGGAGAGAUCCUGUACAAAAUCAGCUCCAUGAAGUUUAAGGACCCGGUUAAAGAUGGUGAAGCUAAAAUCAAAGCAGACUUUGCGCAGCUGCAUGAGGACAUGCAGAACUCCUUCAGGACCUUGGAGGAAUGAGCUUCUCAACCUCUCGGUCUCCAUCUUCCAAAUAUCCAAACCCCAGUGCAGUGCGACGUAGUGCAGAUUAAACGGCCCGUGUUCUGAAUGUCUGCCUCAGUCAUGUGAUCUCAUUUUAUUCCUCUGUGUUUACGUACCCUUAAACAUUCCAACAUGGCCUGCACAAAAGUUAAUUUAAUUGAGUUGAAAUCACGGUACUGGACUCCCCGUAGACACCUGAAAUUCUGGCUUUCUCUUUAAAUGUAGCAACAUCUUCAUCAGCCCAUUCAAAGCACUUAUAAAUCGCUACAUCGUCAUGUUGUGGUUAAACUCAGCGGGCCUCAAUCAGUGCUGGAUUUGCACUCUACAAAAAGCUGCAACAAAGAGUGGAGAGAUGUUUCUUUUCCCCCCGUGAGUCGGUAAACAUUACAGGUUAUUUAUGGUAUGGGAACAUGACCCUGAGUAAAGGGACAGAUCACUGUUGCUGUAUUUCAGGGGGUUAAAGGAGUUCUUCCGCCUCUUACCUCUUCAGUGUGAUAGUGAUGUGGUGAAAUAUAUACUUGAUGUUCUCUGUAAAAAUGUGAAUGAAUGUGUCUGUUAGGGUUGUGUUGUAACAGAUGUGUCACUAUAUUAUAAAUGUAUGUUACCGUCUCCUGAAAUAAAUGUGAGGAAAUGAUUA